AUGGAUGGGCAUGUUAUCAUCGAGGCCCCUCCAUCCAGCGGGUCCUCGUAUUAUAACUAUACGGGGACAUUCUCCAUCGUCCUCCUUGCCAUUGCAGAUGCAUGGUGGACGUGCAUUGAGGCGCACACAGAGGAGUGGACACUGAAGUGCGGCCUGUAUACACAUUUUCAGUUUUGUGGAGAGAAUUUCAAGAGUCCAGACUCAGAUGAGCAGUUUGAUGCUCUGCUGUCUUUCCUGAGCUCUGUGUCUGGUCUGAAGAAGGUGGAUCUGAAUGUGAACAGUCUGACUCAGAGCUGGGCUUCCAGGAUCCUCUCCCUCAUCCAGACCUGCCCCAGUCUACAGGACAUCAGUUAUAAAGCUGUUGAAGAUGCUCGAUUUGUGGAUGAGCACAGGGCGGAGCUUAUCCAGAGGGUUACCGUGGUGAUGCCCCUGGCAGAUGAGCUGCUGUCACUGGGCAUGCUCCAUGAGGAAACGUACACACAGAUCAGUGCAGCCAGGACCAGUCAGGAGAAAAUGAGGGAACUCUUUACUGCACUGCACUCUGGAGGAGACAGAGUCAAAUCUACCUUUUACCAUGUCCUGGAAAGACUUGAGCCACACCUGCUCCAAGACCUGGACCUGAACUCAGUGAGCCUCAAGAACAAGGAGUUGGUCAGAAAUGAGUAUGCAUAUGUGACAGAGUAUAACUCCCUCCCUGGUGAACAUGUGCUGCUGACUGACCGCUACACUGAGCUGCUGAUCAUUCAGAGACACAGAGAACAGAGUGAGAGAGAGAAAGAGAUUCGCUCCAGAGGAAAGGAGUUCUUCAGUGCCAGAGACAGUGAGAAGUACAUCAACAUCACUGUGGGAAAGUUUUUCAGUGCAGAUGAUCAUGGACUCAUUCCAAAAGCAGUUGCUCUCCAGGGAAACUCUGGAAAUGGCAAAUCCUUCACUGCACAGAAGAUUAUGUUGGACUGGGCAUCUGGUAAACUCUAUGCAGAGAAUUUUGAUUUUAUUUUUCAACUGAAGUGUAAAGAGUUUAACCGAGUCUCUGGGGAGAAGAGUCUGGUGGAGCUCCUGAGAUGCAGUCAGAGUUUAAGACCAGCACAGAUCUCACAGAUAUUACAGCACUCACCAGAGAGAGUUCUCUUCCUCAUAGACGGCUUUGAUGAACUCAAACUCUCACAAGACAACAUGUCCAACCUGUCUCUGCCCACUGAUGUCCAAACUCCAGCCUCACCUGAGUCCACUCUGAAAGCCCUGCUGAGUGGACACCUGCUGCCUGAGUCCUUCCUGCUGGUCACCACCAGGUCUACAGCUACAGACACACUGAGCAAGCUGCUCAAAAAACCCCAGCGUUUCACAGAGAUUAUGGGCUUCUCUGAGAGGGGGGUGGAGGAGUACUUCCAGAGGUUCUUUAAAGAUGAUCAGCUCUUACAGACACAGGCAUAUGAGCAUGUGAAGGCAAAUGAAACCCUCUUCACUGCCUGCUUCAUCCCUGUGAUCUGCUGGAUCAUCUGCACAGUUUUCAGGGAGAGACACAAAGAUGGCAAACAUUCAGUGCAUGAUUUGGAAACAACCACCUCCAUAUAUGUUGACUUUGUGUCCACUCUACUGGAUCACCACUGCCAGGGUUUGAGUCAGUCUGUCCCCAGCCUGCUGAGGAGUCUGGGCCAGCUGGCAGAGAGAGGGAUGCUGGAACAGCAAGUCCUGUUUGAUCAGAAGAGUGUUUCAGAGACAGUCUCAGAUCCUGCUAACAUUCCAUUCCUGUGUAAAUUUCUCUUCAGGAGGAAAAUCCGCCAAGAGACAAUGUUCAGUUUCAUGCAUCUCAGUUUUCAGGAGUUCUUCACUGCUCUUUACUAUGUCCUGAUUAGCGAAAAAGAGUCUCAAAUGAAAGUGACAGAUUUGCUUCAAACUUUAAAGACAUCAAGGUUUAUAAACAUUGAGUUGCUGUCCCUCCUGCCAGUGAUCCAGUUUCUCUGUGGUCUGUCCAAUACAGAAGUGAGCAGCUCUCUCAUGGAGUCACAGAGUCUGUCUGUUUCUGUCACUAUCCAAGACCAAAUAAAGGAAUGGAUCCUUAACUUCCUUGAGGAAAGGGGCAUGUCUUUGAUUUCUUAUAUGGAUUUGUUCAUCCUUCAUUGUCUCUAUGAGCUCCAUGAAGAGGACAUUGUGAGGAAAGCUGUGAGGAGCUGGGAAAACAUUAAUUAUAUUCGUACUCCCCUGAGGAGGACAGACUGUUGGGUGCUGCAGUACUGUCUGCAGUUCUGUCCACACAUCAGAAAACUCUGUUUUAUAAAUUGCAGUCUGACACCAGAGAAACUGGAGAUUCUUCAGCCUGCAGUGUGCAGGAGUGAGGAGUUAGAGUUGGAGGUGGAGAACCUGUCAGAUGAUGAUGUUGGUGUUCUGGUCUCAGCUCUGGGAGAAGGAAAAGACUUGCAUUUCCUAGUACUGUGGAACAGUGUUCUGUCAGAUCAGGGUGUGCAACAGAUCCUGAACUCUCUCAACAGACAGAAGUCUGUGGGUAUACUUUACCUCAAAGUGAAGGCCAUCACUGUCAACACUGCUGUUAUAAUCACAGAAUUUAUCCAGAAUAAACUGAAUAUAGAGAAAUUAAGUGUUGAGGUGUAUGAAGACAGUGAUUUCAGACUCAACUUAUCUCUCGAUAAGUCAGCCAGUGACAGAGACCUCAGUUGCCAAGUGGUGGAUGAGCAGUUGCAUGAUCUGCUGUCUAUCAUGAACUCUAUGCCUGGUCUGAGGGAGGUGUAUCUGGAGGUGAACAGACUGAAUAAGAGCAGGGCUGUCAGGAUCCUCUCCCUCAUCCAGACCUGCCCCAGACUACAGGACAUCAGGUGGACAUGCACUAAAACCUCAGACCAGUGCACUCUCAAUAACGACUGCAACCUAAAAGUGAAUCUUCAGUUGUGUGGAGAGAGUUUUAAUUUCACAGAGUUUGAUGAGCAGUUCCAUGGUCUGCUGUCUUUCCUGCACUCUGUGCCUGGUCUGAAGGAGGUCCAUAUGACUGUGUGGAGACUGACUGAAAGCUACGCUGCCAGAAUCCUCUCCCUCAUCCAGACCUGCCCCAGUCUACAGAACAUCAGUUUUAAAGCUGUUGAAUAUGAGGAAGGUUUUUUGCUGGAGGAGGGACUCAGGUUACUGCAGCACUCUCAGAUACGUCCAGACUGCACUCUGACUGUUGAAGGGUUGAGAUGCACUAAACCCACUGACCAGUGCACAGAACUGAGACAGUGGGGACAAGACUGCAACCAGAAAGUGAAGCUUCCGUUCUGUGGAGACCAGCAUCAAGCCCUAGAUCUCCACUGA